CGGAGGACUGGAGGAGGAGACGAAGAGGACGAGGAGGAGUUGCAGAGACAGAGAGGGUAGAAGUGGUUGUUGGAGAAGAAGAAGAGGAGGAGGAAGAAGAAAGAUUGCAGAGAGAGGCAGAGAGAUCACUUGUUGCUUCUCGACAAUCCUCGUAGAGAAACCAAACCUAGAUCGUCGUUCGUUGCAAUCCUUGCAAAACAACAGAAAUGGCGUCAAGAGCUGUUGCUUCACAGCAACCAAGAGAUGGAGCAGUUGCCGGGGCCGGGAAACAGAAGAUGGCUGCAUCCAGAGGACAUAACCGGCGGGCACUGGGAGAUAUUGGUAAUGUGGUUACUAUUCCAGGUAUCGAUGGGAAGCCUAAGCAGGAGUUUUCUCGUCCUCUAACAAGGAGUUUCUGUGCACAACUACUCGCCAAUGCACAAGCCGCGGCACAAGAGAAUAACAAGAUUCUGAAGAAACCACCUGCAGUCCUUGUUGAUGGAGCGGUGGCUGCUCCAAAAGGAGUGGCUGCUGCAAAGCCUGCUCGAAAGAAGGUUUCUGUGAAGCCAACCCCGGACACUGGAAUGGAGAUAAGCCCCAAAAAGGACGUGACUCAAACAAAAGAAGGCACUAAAAAGGAGAGCUCCAUAUCUCAGAGAUCAUCCAGGAAGAAAAUCCAGACUCUCACUUCAAUCCUAACUGCUCGAAGCAAGGCUGCUUGUGGCAUUGCUGAUAAGCCCAAGGAACCCAGUUUUGACAUUGAUUCUGCAGAUACCAAUAACCAUUUGGCAGUGGUCGACUAUGUUGAAGAUAUAUACAAGUUUUACAAGCUCGAAGAGAACGCAAGCCGAGUUCACGACUACAUGCAUUCGCAGCCUGAUAUUAACGAGAAGAUGAGAUCAAUCCUUGUGGACUGGUUGAUAGAAGUUCAUUACAAGUUCGAGCUCAGGCCUGAAACUCUCUACCUUACCAUCCAUGUAAUUGACCGGUUCCUAUCUAUGAAAGCAGUUCCAAGGAGAGAGCUGCAGCUACUUGGCAUUGGUGCUAUGCUCAUAGCCAGCAAAUAUGAAGAGAUAUGGGCUCCAGAGGUCAAUGACUUGGUUCUGAUAUCAGAUAGAGCAUAUAGCAGAGAACAGAUUUUGGCCAUGGAGAAAGCAAUAUUGGGCAAGCUGGAAUGGACCUUGACAGUCCCUACACCUUAUGUGUUCCUUGUUCGUUUCAUCAAGGCUGCCUCCGAUGAGAAGAUGGAAAACAUGAUCUUCUUCAUGGCGGAGCUUGGUUUGAUGCACUACGAGACAAUAAGGUAUUGUCCAUCAAUGGUGGCCGCUUCAGCAGUCUAUGCAGCACAGUGCACCCUGAACAAGAGUCCUCUUUGGAGUGAAACUCUCAAGUUCCACACAGGAUUCUCAGAGUCUCAGCUCAUGGACUGUGCUAAACUGCUGGUUCACUUCCAUUCAAUAGCAGCAGAGAGUAAGCUAAGAGCAGUGUACAAGAAAUAUUCAGAUCCUCAACGUGGCGCUGUUGCUUUGCUGCCUCCAGCCAAAAACCUUUUGACUGGAGUGAUACACUGAUCAGACUCCAACCGACAAUUUGAUUGAUCUUGUUUUUCUUCAUUUUUUAUUGCAACAAAUGCAUGAAUUCUUCAAGGUUGGGUUGUCACUAAGAUAGUCUAUUUGUCUUAGAUGAAUGACUGACUGGGAAUUAGGCAAGAAGCCUUUGAAUGAUUCUUUAAACAAGAAUUAUUUUUGUAUAACCAAUUCAGCUCGGUUGUUGAUUUUUCAAAAUAAAUGAAGAUUAUUUGUCUUGUCAUUGGAAA